AUAUAUGCUUCAACUUGAGGGGGAGUGUUAGAUAGUGUACAGUUAUUUCAGUUAUUUACUUUUCAUUUUCUUUCCUUAUUGUAUUGUGGGUCCCACUAACAUGUAUAUAUAUACCCAAAUCCAAUGUGUAUUAUUAACAGUUUUUUAAUAACAAAAAUUAAGGAUUCUCCCUUUUCUCUCUUUUCACAAUGUGUUUCAUUUCAAAUGCAAAAUGUGGUAUAAAAAUCUGUCUUGUCAGCUUUUGCUGCAUGAUUUCCACAGAUAAUGCCUUAAGAAGAUCUUAAUGAUUUUCUUUUGGUUAGGUAAAAAGCUUCCUAGAAAAAUCCAUUCCUUUAUUUUAUAGUUUGGGGAUUAAUUAUUAUUGUUAACUUGCAAACUAAGCUUGAAGUUGGUGUUUUUUUCCUUUCCUUUUUAUCCAUACAACAAUCUGAGGAAAAUUGGUUAAUUUUGCGCAUGCAAGGCCUGGCUGAGUAAUUUAUGCUGGUCUUGUAAAUUUCUAUUAUAAAUAUUUUUCUUUUGGAUACCUUUUUUGUUUCAAAAAUCUGUACGUCACCCCUUGUAUUAAUUUUUGUACACUAGAGCAGCAGAGCCCAUGACCCAUGCAGUGCAUGUGUGCAAUUUCAAGAAUAAGUUGGAAAUGGUGGAGAUUAAGAAGUUGAAAAUAGUUUAAAAAAUGAAAAUGGUGGGUGGGAGGUUUUACAAUUGUGGUGAUUUGAUAUAGUCAUGCUGCCCUUAGAUUUUGAGAGUUAAAAGUAACCAUCUGGCAAGAGUGGUCUCUCACCCCAUUCACCCUAUAAAGCAUGUAGUUCAAGUCAGGUUGUAUCAAAUCUGAACAUGUUCCUUUUGUUUAGAAUAUCAUUUUAAAAAUAUCUAAAAAUAAUAAAAAUGCAUAUGUAUAUGUAUAUGAAUGUAUGUAUGCAAAACUCACAAAAUUUUAGUCAGGUUAUAGGCUUUUGAUUAGACUUUUGUGGAUGGACUUUUCAGAAUUUGGCACAUAUAGCUGUAUGGAUCCAUUUAUCUAUUUAAAUUAACAUGAAAUAUCUUUGAUGAAUUUAAAAGUACUUAGAAUAAGUGGGUAUUUGCAGUGGUUUGGAAUAAAAUCAAUACCUAUUUAAGCUAAGCAAGUUCAGCUAUUCAGGUGGGUUGCACCAAGUUCUUUUGGACUUCGUCAAUGCUAACCAUAAUAAUCACAGUUGGCUGUCAUUAAGGCCAAAUUUAAGCUAAUGGGUGGGUUCAAGCUAUCCUAAAAUUGAUUAUCCUUUCUAAAACAUACAUUUUAAAUGCAUUUUUUCCUUCUAAAUCCAAAAGGGUUUAGGGGUAUGUCUGCAUGGGUACUUUUGGACCGGUUUGAACUUUGAUGUUUCCUGCACCCAUCCAAAAAUUAUGUGUCUUGAAAUAUUCUUGAAUGACUUCUCAAUUCCUGUAAAUGUUAUUAAAUCAAAGACAGAUGGUUGAUGAUCAUGGCCUAGUGUAACUGCGAAUCAUUUGGAAUCCUAAUUUAGCCUACUAGAAACCCAUCAAGUGCCAGUUCUAUUAGUGGUUUUGCAUGGAAUAGAGCAAUUGGGAUAACAUGCACAAUGUUGUGGCAUUUUUGAAAGUGCUACCUGAAACUACUGAUCCUUCAGCAAAGAUAUCUUAGAAUAAUGAACCAAACACCCCUUAGGAGUUCAUUUCUCUUCCAUGUGUCCAAAAAAAGGAAGAAGAAAAAAAAAUCUGCGUUCUUUUAACCCUGAAGAUUCAUGUUGCAGGUCAUGACCCCAUUUCUCACAGCCAAACUUGCUGGGCAAUUUGUUGCAGUAGAUGCAGUAGGCCUUCUUAUGUCCACACUACAGAUUGUGCUUCUUCCUGUAUUGGGUGGUGCAUUUCUUAAUCAGUACUUUCAAGGCCUGGUUAAAUUUGUUUCUCCUGUGAUGCCCACCAUUGCUGUUGUAACUGUAGCUGUUCUAUGUGGGAAUGCAAUUGCCCAGAAUGCUUCUGCAAUUCUUAUGUCUGGUCGACAAGUGGUGUUAGCUGCAGCCCUUCUUCAUGCAUCAGGAUUCUUCUUCGGUUACAUUCUUUCCAGGAUCCUGGGACUUGAUGUGUCAUCCUCUCGCACCAUCUCUAUUGAAGUUAGCAUGCAGAACUCGGUACUUGGAGUAGUUCUUGCUACUCAGCACUUUGGAAAUCCACUGACAGCUGUACCAUGUGCCGUCUCCAGCGUCUGUCAUUCAGUCUUUGGAAGUGUCUUAGCAGGAAUUUGGAGACGUUCCCCACCUGUCAAAGUGCAGGACUGAAAUGUAUUAGAAAAAUAUUGAGAUAAGCUCAAUAACAAUAUUUUGAUUUUUCCUUCCUUUUUACUUAGAACUGUUGACUAGAGGAUUUUUCUACAGACAUGAGGCUUUGGAUGGACAACUCUUUGGUGAUAUACCAGUCUUCUCUUCUUUCCUGAAUCUGGGUACCAUGAAUUUGUGCUAUGUCGAUCUAUAUAAGUGUUCUCUUCUCA